GGAAGCGAGCGGUUCGAUGCGGAGGAGGGGGAAGAGAGCAGCGAGUAUGAGAUGGAGUCGGAAGCCGAAGAGGAUACUUUCGAAGCUGGGGGGGUAGACAAAGAGCAAGAGGAGGGUGAAGCGGCCCCCCCACGAGGAGAGUCGUCCAACCGGGGGGCUGAAACCGUCGCGGGGUCCAGCAGUAAGGCCGAGGGGGGUAAGCAGCCGGGUGCGGCUGGGGGUGGGCGGGGCGUGGCUUCCAGCCGCGGGGGGGGCGACGACUUCGACGUCUUGAGCAGCAUCACGGGGGUGACGUCAGCGGCGGGGAGCCAGCGGCACCGGAACCGGGCGAACGCGAAGCCGGACUACAAGAUGAAGCGGAAAGCGUCGCGGGUGAAGGACCGGAGCUGGCGCGCAUUUCAGGUGGAUAACGACACCGACGGGAUGCCGAUCGUGCGGGGGAUGGCGAAGCCGGUGAGUCACGGGGCGGCCGCGAAAGCGAGCGUGGCGGAGCAGGCGCGGAAAGACUUGGAGCUGCUGAAAUCGUCGUAAGGUUGGGGUUUGAGGUGCCUCGAGUCUCAUGGACGGACUCGGAACUCCUGCUGGAAUAAGUCUGGAAUAAGUCAAGUGAACUCUGGAAGCUUCUGUACAUACGAGCGUCUCUCGAGUCAAAAGUCGCAAAACCGCCCCUGGGAUCGAACAAGGACGUGUAUGUUACUCUGUUGGCGUCUUGUCUUCGAUUCGAUGCCGACUCGAUUAUGCUGGGCAACUGUUGGC